GUCACCCUUCCCCGCUCUCCCUUUCAUCAUCCCCUUCCAAAUACACCCUGUUGACAGGAACCACAUCUAUUGUGCCUAGAAAGGGUAUAGGUUGAAAUAUGAGAUGCAGAAACUUUCCAUGCCCCCUUUGAUAAUUGUUUAUGUGAACCCGUGCAAGUAUAAGGAUUCUCUCACAUUUUGCACUAGCUAGGAGCUGAUGGAACUGGAUUAGGUCUCGCGUUGCACCAAAAGGCACUGGGGAAAGUGUUUGAACUCUGGUGCUUGCAUAUUCCCGUGCACGAUCGAACUCCAUUUGAAGGGUUGAUAAGAGUUAUUGAACAAACUAUAAGGAUGAAGCAUGCUUCAUCUCCCAAUAUGCCUAUUUAUCUAGUGGGAGAUUCAUUUGGAGGAUGCUUAGCACUUGCUAUCGCUGCUCGUAAUCCUAAGAUUGACCUUGUUGUGAUAUUAGCUAACCCAGCAACUUCAUUCGGUCGGUCACAGCUGCAACCAUUGUUUCCUUUGCUGGAAGCAAUUCCCACUAGUCUUCAAUUUACUGUCCCUUAUCUUCUCAGCUUAGUUAUGGGUGAUCCUAUGAAAAUGGCAAUGGUUGGUAUUGAUGCUUCACUUCCUCCUACAUGCAUUAUUGAACAACUCUCUGCCAAACUUACAUCUUUGAUCCCCAUUCUUUCUGCUUUAGCUGAUAUCAUACCAAAAGAAACACUAAUGUGGAAGCUGAAGCUGCUUAAGUAUGGAUCUGAAUAUGCCAAUUCCCGUCUCCAUGCGGUCACAGCUGAAAUUCUUGUACUUGCUAGUGGGAAAGACAGCAUGCUUCCAAGUGCAAGUGAAGCCGAAAGGCUUGCAAGGUCAUUAAGAAACUGCAAAGUACGAUACUUUAAGGGCAAUGGGCACACCAUCUUGAUGGAAGACCAUGUCAAUCUGUUAACUAUCAUAAAAUGUACAAGCAAAUAUCGGCGUUCAAAGAGCCACGACUUUGUCUUGGACUAUAUCCCACCUAGCAUGUCAGAAUACAAGCAAUCCUUGGAUAUCAAUAGAUUAUAUCGCAAUUUUACAGGUGCUGCGAUGUUUUCCACACUGGAAAAUGGGAAAAUGGUUAGAGGUUUAGAUGGGGUUCCCUACGAAGGCCCGGUGUUAUUUGUUGGUUAUCACAUGCUUAUGGGGUUAGAACUUGUGCCUCUAAUUGAAGAAAUGCUAACAGUAAAAAAGGUAUUACUUCGUGGUUUGGCACAUCCCGCACUGUUUUCACCAUUAGUUGAGAACGAGGGCCUUAAUGAGGUGUCUUUCAACGAUUCCAUAAGACUAUAUGGGGGUGUACCGGUCUCAGCUAGUAACCUCUUUAAGUUGCUUGCAAACAAGUCACAUGUUCUUCUUUACCCCGGAGGUGCUCGUGAGGCCUUACAUAGAAAGGGAGAAGAGUACAAGUUAACUUGGCCAGACCAACCAGAAUUUGUGAGAAUGGCUGCUCGGUUUGGAGCUACAAUUGUGCCGUUUGGUGUUGUUGGAGAAGAUGACAUAGUACAUUUAGUUCUGGAUUAUGAUGAUAUGAUGAAAAUUCCUAUAUUGAGUGACCGAAUAACAAGUUGUAAUGAAAAGGCGGAGAGAAUGGGAUUUACAUUAAGGGGUGAUAUGAAUGGAGAGGUUGCCAAUCAAGCUUUAUAUGUCCCAGGAUUGUUAGCCAAGAUCCCCGGCCGCUUGUACUACUUGUUUGGAAAGCCUGUUUCAACAAAGGGGAGGUGGGAAGUGUUGAAGGACAGGGAAAAGGCACGAGAAUUGUACAUGGAGAUAAAAUCUGAGGUUCAAAACAGUAUGACCUUUUUACUUAAGAAAAGAGAGGAAGAUCCAUAUAGAAGCAUUGUUGAUAGGACUGCAUAUAGGGCUCUUGCUGCCCCUUAUGAUCAAAUCCCCAGUUUUGAUAUUGAUUGACUGAUUAUUGAAUGUACAAACUAAUGAAUGAACUCACACAUUAGGUGCCCCCAUCAUGCUUGUAAUUUGUUUAUGGUUAGUUUUAUACCAUGAUCUGUAAUUGUAAUUCAUUUAUGACGUAUUAU